AGGUCACAAUCCUUCAUGGAUCUCAAGGUGUUGGUCUCUUUCCUGAACGACUUCGCUUCGCUCUCGCUGGCUGAGAGCUGGGACAACGUGGGCCUCCUGGUCGAGCCCAGCCCUCCCCAUGUCGUGAACACUCUCUUUCUCACCAAUGACCUAACGGAGGAAGUGAUGGAGGAAGCCCUGCAGAAGAAAGCGGAUCUUGUCCUUUCCUAUCAUCCCCCCAUUUUCAAACCGCUCAAGCGUAUAACGUGGCAAACGUGGAAAGAGCGCCUGGUGAUCCGAGCUCUGGAAAACAGAGUCGGUAUUUACUCUCCCCAUACGGCCUACGAUGCUGCACCUCAUGGAGUCAAUACCUGGCUUGCCAAAGGACUUGGUGCCUGCACCACAGUCCCUUUGCACUCGUCUGCCACUUCUAAUUACCCUACUAAGGGGGGUCACCGGAUUGAAUUUAGCUCUCACUCUGCUGAAAACCUAGAAACAGUUUUGUCCAGGCUGCGUGAGACGCCAGGUGUGUCACUCGUUGCAACUCUCCCUGCCAGGGUUGAUGGUGAAGAGCAGACGCGAGUCAGCUUGAAUUGCACCCAGCAUGCCUUGCUGCAAGUGGUGGCCCUGCUGUCCCAGAACACUCCUCUUUAUGAAAAGACUGAAAUCAUGUCAUUACAAAAGCCUCUGCUUGCAGAUACUGGAAUGGGGCGCUUAUGCACCUUAAAGGAGUCAGUGGCCGUAUCAGUCUUGAUUGAAAGAAUGAAGAGCCAUCUAAGACUGCCUCAUGUCCGCCUGGCCAUCGGAGCAGGGAAAUCACUGGAAUCGGAAGUGAAAGUGGUUGCUCUCUGUGCUGGUUCUGGGACUAGUGUUCUGCAGGGGACAGAAGCCGAUCUCUAUCUCACAGGAGAGAUGUCCCACCACGACGUCCUGGAUGCUGUCGCGAAAGGCAUCACUGUGAUUUUGUGCGAGCACAGCAACAGUGAGCGAGGUUUCCUUUUGGAGCUGCAGAUGCUGCUGGCUACUCACCUGGAGAACAAGAUCCAGGUCAUCGUUUCAGAGAGGGACAGAGAUCCGCUCCAAGUGGCAUAG